AUGAUAUUUGAUGAAAUUAGAAAUAGUUUUAAGAAUGGUGAUAAUGCGGACAUUAAAGGCUCUAUAAAUGGUGAUGAUGAUAUUAAUGAGAAUAUUAAAAAGAUUAUUGUUGAUCUAGAUAUUAUUCAUAAUGAAAAUAUUGAAAUUUUUGAUAUUACUUAUGAUGAAAAUAAUCUCGUUAAUUUAGGUAUUAUUAAUGAAAAUUAUAAAAAGAUUCUUGAUAAUAAUCUUAUUGAUGAAAUUAUUAAAAUCAUU